CUCCCUGCAACAAAAGUCAUCCAGGUAUUCAAUUACUUUACUCAUAAUCGGAAAUCACUUUCCGCUCUCUAAUGGCUUCUUUACUCUCUCUAGUCUACCUCUUCUUCCACCUCCUCCUCCACCUAAACCCAACUCAAGUGUCUGGUGGAAAUCUCCUCUUCGAAGAUGGCUACACUGUCAGUACAGUCCUUAAUGGCGACAAGGUCAAAAUCAACCCGCACUCGAUCCUCCCACAAUCGCCAUCGUCUAAUCAAUUUAUAAUCCUUGAUUCCGCAGCGAGUACCUUUUACAUAGUAUCGAUACCAACAACGUCCCAAGAAAGUGGGAUAAAGAGGCUUGCUGGAAAUGGCCAGAUGGGGUACGCAGAUGGUGAUUUGGGCUCGGCUAUGUUUGAUAAGCCAAAGAAUUUUGCUGUUGAUUACAGAGGAAAUGUGUAUGUUGCUGACAAGAAUAACUAUGCCAUCAGGAAGAUUACUAAAUCAGGGGUGACAACAAUUGCUGGAGGCUAUUCUCAGAAACCAGGACAUGCUGAUGGACCCGCACGCAAUGCUUCAUUCUCAGCUGAUUUUGAGCUUGUUUUUGUUCCCCAAAGAUGCGCUUUAAUGGUUUCUGACCAUGGGAAUAGAUUAAUCCGCCAAAUAAAUCUGAAGGCGGAAGAUUGUACCUCACAUUCUGGAUCAGGUCUAGGGGCGUCCUCUGCUUGGCUUCUAGCUCUAGGUGCUGGGCUUUCUUGCUUAGUCGGCCUAAUUGUUGGAUUUGUUAUUCGUCCUUGUGUUAUUCCCCAUGAAGGAUCCAAGCUCCAUCAUCGCAGCGGGACAUGGAAUCAAUGCCUAAUGAGUCUGGAGAGACAAAUAGUGAUAUUCUGCUCCGACAUCAGAAGCGUAAUUGUUAGCUCAACAGCAUAUUCACUUUGUACAAGGCUCCCGGGUUUAAGUCUCUCCACUCUAUCUCUAAUAUUUAGGCUUGUGACUGUAGAAUCUCGUACUUUAUGUAAAAAACCAGUAUCUUUGAUGGAUUGUGAUGUAUUAAAUAGUCAUCAGCUAGAUAGAGCACAAACAGCGGUAGCUGACCAAUUAACGGACUUGAUUAGUUUUGAUGGAAGCCUGUCACGAUUGGAGAAGUCCAACGAAAUCAUUGAGCAAGAAGCGAAAAGAGAAAAUGCUGAACCUGAUAAAUAUAGAAAGAUCAAUGGUAUGAUUCGAGCAAAUAUUGCGAGUUUCGAAGAGAAAUUUCCUGGAGUUUCACUGGAAGAGUCUUCCGAAUUCAGCUUAGGCUUGGUUAAGAGAAGAUUAAAUGCUGGUAAUGGCUUUUACUGAGGCAUUUUCUGUUUUCAUUGCUACUGAUUGUAAAUAUUUGGUUAUGCUGUCGUCUAUUUCUGCAAGAUAACUAUUGUAAUCAUAUUUUAUUAUCUAGCAUCCUUUUCCUUUUUGCUUGUUUUUAA